GGGACUAUUUCGUCUCUAUGUAAACAAUAUGGAAGAAUGAAGAAACGGUCGUAGAAUUUAAUUUAUCUCAAUACGUUACAAAAUAGUUCCAUUCAAUCAUGUAAACACGUAAAUUUGUCGUUGAUUUAAAGAUAUGGGUUCAAGAAUUCGCAGUCGUGGCCAUACGGGCCGAGAACGUACACAUUUCGACAUUCAAGUUCGACUUUUUACAGACGAUAAAUUUCCUUUGAAGCAUGUUUCAGGGGAUAUGAAAAUAUCUGAACUAAAACGGUAUAUGGAAUUUGCUGCAGGAAUACCUGUUCACAUGCAAAAAAUCAGUUAUCUAGAUGCAGGUGAAUUAUUGCAAAACUCAACAAUCCGUAGUAAUGACAUUGUUCCUGGUGCCACACUGAAUCUCGGAGUUUGGCCAAUGUGGAGAGAGCUCAUUGAGGCAGCCUCUCUCAAUGACAUUGACUGGGUUUUUAGUCUUGGUGUAACCAAUCCUACAUCUUAUAAAACUCCACAGAGUGACUAUAUGACGAGGAAAGCUAAGAAAGCUUGGCUGGAGGAGAGGGCAUUUCUAGCUCUUUACAUCGCUGCUCACCGCGGUCAUGAAAAACUAGUCAAACGACUGAUAGAAGCAGGAACCGAUUUGAAUGCUUGUACUCCAUGUGGACGUACAGCCCUUCACGUGGCAGCUUCACAGGGGCGUGGCAAUAUCGUGGAUAUUCUGUUAGAGAAAGGUGCUGACAUUGAUGCAGAAGAUGAGGACAGCGCUACAGCAUUGUCCAUAGCAGCAAAGUUUAAUCAUAAAAGCUGUGAGCGACAUUUAUUCCUCUUCCGCUGGCAAGAGCGAGCCAAGCGAACAAAACCAAGCGAGGAGCCAGACCGCAUGGCACAUCAGUUUUUUGACUCUGCCUUCCCAGUUUGGAUGAAGGGAAAUAAGUUACAGCUCUACAUGACUAAUAUUCUCCCCCCAGGAGAGUUUGAAGGCACUAGAUUAAAUUCUCCUAAAAAGAAAGUUCGAAAUCGAGGAUUUACAGAGGAAGAAAUUAAAACACUUGAGAGACAAAGAACAGAGGAGAGUUUUGAGAUUGAUGCUGAUGGUUUUGAUGAAGAUGGUAACUACAAACUUCCUGUGAUAAGAGAAGAAAGACAAAAAACCAAAUCAAGUUUGAAAUCAAGUGUGUCAUAUGAUGAUUGGUUAAAGAAGAAAAAAGCUGUAGAACAGCGGGCCAUUGAUAUCAAACGAGCGGCGGAGGAGAAAAUACGACAAGAAGAGGAGGAACGAAGAAAUGAAGAUGACCCUGAGCUGCGAAGAAAACGACUGGAGGCGGAAAAGUCACAGUCAUAUGAGACGUGGUUAGCCCAGCGGGAGUUGGAGAAAAAGAAAGUAGAAUUCCAACGACACAAAGAUGAUCUGCCUGCUGCCAACCGAGGCCCAGGAGCCUUGAGGGCCUAUCUUCGGUCCCUAGGCAGAACUCGGGCCGGCGAUACAUACGAAGAUUGGCUGGACCAGAAGGAGACUGAAAUAGAUUUGUAUGGCGACCGAGUUAAAUCAUCCAAAACAGUAACUGUGUAGAAUGAUGCAAGACAAGUUCUUCUUCCAGUCCAGCGCAGACCCAGCUCUUACCUGUGUUAUCGCACUGUUGUGUGUGCUGGGUAUGCGUGUGACAACAUGUGCUGUGCUGUCAUAUCGAGCAUGCUCCAUUGAGGGCUGUCUCUGAUUUUCAAAAAAGUGCAAUUUCAGUUGUUAAAUAAGUCUUUCCAAGUACUAUAAAUGGUGUAUGUUUAUUUAUUGAGCUUAAUUUUUUUAAAGAGCGUAUUUUUUCUAAGUUAUAAUGUACAUUUCCACAGUGCUGAUUUAUUUGGUCAUUUAAAGAGAAGGACAAUUUUUAGAGAAAAAUGAUCAACUACAAUGUAAAAGAUAGACAGAUGAAUAAAUGAUGUGUUUUUGUAUGAAUAGUUAUUUGUAGUCACAUGUAUACUAGAAUGUAAAUAAAUUUAGAUUUUAUAAA